CUCAGCCAACAGGGUGGGACAGCAGAAAGAACAAGGGAUUCAGAAUUUUAAAACCUAACACCAGAUUUCUGAUUCUUCUGUGUGGAAUUUGGGGCAGGGCGCUUAGCUUCUCUCUAUGCCUCAUUUGUAAUAUGAAGGGGUUGGUGUAGAUUAGUUCUACUGGCCCUUCCAGUAUGAAAUCCUAUGAUUCCUAUGAUUUCUAGACUCAGCAGCUUCAGCCUCCCUAUACAUAUCAGUGGUCGAGACUCAAGAGGUGCUUCCAGAUGCCGCCCAAACCCAAAGCCCAAAUUUAAUAGAGGAUUUACUUUCACCACCAGCACCACCACCAGCCCUUGAAAAAAGGCUUUCUCCUCCCAAAAUGAACCGUCUGAGAGAACAUCUCUGCUAGCUGGUCCUCAGAGACUGUGCCCACGGAGCAACGUAGGCUUGAUAACUGCACAGGGCUGUGAGCAGUGGAAAAGAGGCAGGGGCUCUGGGUUUGAAUCUUGGUCCUGGGUUAGAAUCCUAGCUCUGCCACUUACUAACUUUGUGACCUUGGUAAAGUCACAGAACCUCUCAGUGCCCCAUUUUCCCUCUCUGUAAAAUCAGGGGGUCUAAUCUGAUCUCUUUUAGCUCAAAAUCUAUUGCCUCAAACUGAAUUAGAUUUUUCCAGCAGAAAGAGAUAGCGUUAACCCUGCCUGUCCUUCCCCUUUUAAGGGGGGGAAAAAAAAGCGGCUUGUAAGCAUCGUCUCUGAGCAGGCUGCGUGCACAAAAUGAGAAGACGAAAUCCAGCCCUCCUGGGGGAACAGAGGAUAGCAUAAAGCAGACACAGCCUCCUGCUUCUCAAUAUGGACGGGAAGAUCCUGAAGACUACAUCUCCCAAGAGCGAAAGAAUGCCCCCGCAGAGACUACAUCUCCCAACAUGCAGCACGACUGAGGUAAAAUUCAUCCUCCCAGGAGUCCGUGCGCGGUCAAAGUGAUGCAUGCCGGGAAACAGCCGAGAUUCUCUGCGAGCCCAGGCAUCUUCUCACAUUCUCUUAACUCAGGAAUUUCGCGAAACGAGCAAAAUAGCGACCUAUAGGGCCUGCGAGAUUCCGAUUCCAAACCGUCCCUCCGACGACAGAGAUUUUUCAUUUCCGGGUCCGGGAGGAAGGUCAUUCUGUUUUUGUUUCCGGUUUCGUAGUAGUUGCCGUGGAGACGGCAACGCGGAGCAAUCCUGGGGGUGAUGGCGGGCCUAACCGGGGCGCAGAUCCCGGACGGAGAGUUCACGGCGGCCGUGUACCGCCUUAUCCGGGACGCCCGCUACGCCGAGGCGGUGCAGCUUCUGGGCGGAGAGCUGCAGCGGAGCCCGAGGUGCCGGGCCGGCCUGUCCCUGCUCGGCUACUGCUACUACCGCCUGCAGGAGUUCGCGCUGGCGGCCGAGUGCUACGAGCAGCUGGGGCAGCUGCACCCGGAACUGGAGCAGUACCGCCUCUACCAGGCGCAGGCCCUCUAUAAGGCCUGCCUCUAUCCCGAGGCCACGCGCGUGGCCUUUCUACUCCUCGACAACCCCGCCUACCACAGCCGCGUCCUCCGCCUCCAGGCCGCCAUCAAGUACAGCGAGGGGGACCUGCCCGGGGCGCAGAGUCUGGUGGAGCAGCUGCUGAGUGGGGAAGGAGGUGAUGAGGCCGGGGGGGAAAGCGAGCCCGACGGCCAGGUCAACCUGGGCUGCCUGCUGUACAAGGAGGGCCAGUACGACGCGGCCUGCGCCAAGUUCGCAGCCGCCCUGCAGGCCUCGGGCUACCGCCCGGACCUCUCCUACAACCUGGCCCUGGCCUAUUACAGCAGCCGACACUACGCGCCGGCUCUGAAGCACAUCGCGGAUAUCAUCGAACGAGGCAUCCGCCAGCACCCCGAGUUGGGUGUGGGGAUGACCACCGAGGGCAUCGAUGUGCGGAGCGUCGGCAACACCCUGGUGCUGCACCAGACCGCCCUCGUGGAGGCCUUCAACCUCAAAGCGGCCAUCGAGUACCAGCUGCGGAACCACGAGGCCGCCCAGGAGGCCCUCACGGAUAUGCCUCCGCGGGCCGAAGAGGAGCUGGACCCGGUCACCCUGCACAACCAGGCCCUCAUGAACAUGGAUGCCAAACCCACCGAAGGAUUCGAAAAGCUGCAGUUUUUGCUCCAGCAGAACCCUUUCCCCCCCGAGACUUUUGGUAACCUGCUGCUGCUCUACUGCAAGUAUGAGUAUUUCGACUUGGCCGCAGAUGUUCUGGCAGAAAAUGCCCACCUGACAUACAAAUUCCUCUCACCCUACCUCUAUGACUUCUUGGAUGCCAUGAUUACCUGCCAGACGGCCCCUGAAGAAGCUUUCCUUAAGCUUGAUGAGCUGGCAGGGAUGUUGACUGAGCAGCUGAGGAAGCUUACCAAGCAAGUGCAAGAAGCCAGGCACAAUAGAGACGAUGAGGCUGUUAAGAAGGCAGUGAAUGAGUAUGAUGAAACUUUGGAAAAGUACAUCCCAGUGCUGAUGGCUCAGGCUAAAAUCUACUGGAACCUUGAGAAUUAUCCAAUGGUGGAAAAAAUCUUUCGCAAAUCUGUGGAGUUUUGUAAUGACCAUGAUGUGUGGAAACUGAAUGUUGCUCAUGUUCUGUUCAUGCAGGAAAAUAAAUACAAAGAAGCAAUCGGUUUUUAUGAGCCCAUAGUCAAGAAGCACUAUGACAACAUAUUGAACGUGAGUGCAAUUGUAUUGGCCAAUUUAUGUGUCUCGUAUAUCAUGACAAGUCAAAAUGAAGAGGCAGAGGAGUUGAUGAGGAAAAUUGAAAAGGAGGAAGAGCAGUUGUCCUAUGAUGAUCCAGAUAAGAAAAUCUAUCAUCUCUGCAUAGUAAACUUGGUGAUAGGAACUCUGUAUUGUGCCAAAGGAAAUUAUGACUUUGGUAUUUCCCGAGUUAUCAAAAGCUUAGAACCCUAUAAUAAAAAACUUGGGACUGAUACCUGGUAUUAUGCCAAAAGAUGCUUCCUUUCUCUUCUGGAAAACAUGUCCAAGCACAUGAUCAUGCUACGAGAUAGUGUUAUUCAAGAGUGUGUGCAGUUUCUAGAACACUGUGAACUUUAUGGUAGAAACAUACCAGCAGUAAUUGAACAACCCCUAGAGGAAGAAAGAAUGCACAUCGGAAAGAAUACAGUUACAUAUGAAUCCAGACAGCUGAGAGCAUUGAUCUAUGAGAUUAUAGGAUGGAAUAUGUAAUUGCUGCUUUGGAAUAUUACUUCUUCUUACAUUGCUGGCACUCAAAUGAGUAUAGCUUUUUAGCUUGUUGUAUUUGUCAUGUUUGUAUUUUGUAUAUUUUUUAAAAAGCGCAAUAAAAAUGAUUGGGGGGAAACCAUUUUUGAAAAGUUACACAAAGGAAAAAGGAAAAUCAAGCAGCCUAGGAACUUAUAGAAAAAGAUUAUGAAUUGAUAUAACAUGUUAUUUUUCCUAUCAGGAACAAUGCCCACCCUUUUGUUAACAAUGGGAUUUUACCCCUUUGAGAUGCCAUUUUUGUCAAAGGCUUCAUGCCACAAACAGGUCAAGCACGUCUAGACCAGGAUAGACAAGGUACACUCAGAGCUGCCUGGAAUGUAAUACUCAGAAAGGGAUACAAUGAAGCAUACUUUUAAAUAUUAAUUUUUAUAAAUAUGUUUUAUGUCAGAAUAUUUCAAUUUAUGUGGCAGGAAGGUACUAAUGUUGAGAUAAAUGAAGUUAUAUAUGUUAAGGGUACAGAGGUCCUAUUGGGCAGUAGCAUGUGUGGUACAAUUUUCAAACCACAGAGUACACGAAUUAUCUGUAAUCUGGUCCAUAUGGAUUAUAAUGUGUGAGAAUUGGGUGCUGACAGGAUUAUAUGAACCAUUUACAUGACAAGUUCUUGUAAUUCUAUUUAUUUUAUAGUGCAUAUGUACUGCAUAGAUUUUAGAAUGCCAUGACAAGGUGUCCCAAAACAAAGGUAGCAGUUUACAAAUCCCUUAUCUUGAAGGUUUACUGUACAGAAUGUACAAGAUUUAGUAGGAAAUUCUCCAUUGCUUUAUCACAAAAUGACAAUCUUAGGGUCUUGGUAUGGGAAAUUUAAAUGCCAAUUGGGGAAGAGGGUAAUACUAUUCCUUGAUUUAUCUCUGCUUCUAUUAACAAGAAUUGGAAAAUGUAAUAAGAUGAAGUUUUGUUGCCAACAGUUUUCAUAAAAGAUGCAUAUAAUUGUA